AUGGGCGAGGGGCGCGCGGGCGGCGCGUCCCGGCGUGCGCCGCGCUGCGCGCGCAGGGCCGGGGAGUCUCCUGCCGGGUCCGCCUAGGCGAGGGCUGGGCUAAGAUGGCGGCGCCCGUCCUGCUGCGAGUGUCGGUGCCGCGCUGGGAGCGGGUGGCCCGCUACGCCGUGUGCCUGGCCGGCAUCGCCCUGGCGCUCUACGCCUGCCACCUGGAGCGCGAGAAGGGCCGCGACCGCCACUACCGGGCCCUCUGCGACCUGGGCGAGCGCGUCCGGUGCUCCGCCGCCAUCGCCUCCAGAUGGGGUCGAGGGUUUGGCCUCCUGGGCUCCAUUUUUGGGAAUGACAGUGCAAUAAAUCAGCCCAACAGCGUCUUUUGUCUUGUGUUCUAUGUACUACAAAUGUUACUUGGUAUGACGGCAAGUGCGGUCGCGGCGCUAGUCCUCAUGAUGUCCUCCCUAGUGUCUGUAAUAGGAUCCUUGUACCUGACCUACAUUCUGUACUUUGUGCUGAAGGAAUUCUGCAUCGUCUGUGUCGUCACAUAUUUGCUGAACUUCAUUCUCUUUAUCAUCAACUACAAACGACUAGUUUACUUGAACGAAGCUUGGAAGCGACAGCUGCCCCCUAAACAGGAUUAACGCCCCACCCCCUGUGAACUCUUGACUGACAGUCUGAAGACCCCGACUUCCAUUUUAAGUUUAUUUCACAGUAAAAGCAUUUUUUUUU